UUGCAAUAAUAUUAUUUUGCUUUAUUUAUUAAUAUUGAUUAUUGAUUAAUUAUAGGUUAAAUUUUAUGUGUGUAUCUUAUUUAGUAAGUUUAAACUAAUAAAAAUAAUGUUUAAUAUAAAAUUAGUAUUAAUUAAUAGUAUACUAAUAGUAUAUUAUUUAAGUAUUGAUGCUAAACCAAUUGAUGAACAAUUAGGUGAUUCAUCAUUUAAUGGCACAAAUUGGGUUGUAUUGUGUGCCGGUAGUAGUGGUUGGUUUGGUGCGGGUUAUAGUAUUCAAGCCAAUGUAUACCAUGCCUACCAAUUUAUCCGGUCUAAUGGUAUACCCGAUGAUCAUAUUAUAGUGAUUCACACCGACGACAUUGCAUACAAUUCCUAUAACCCAACUCCGGGACAAAUCAUUCAUUCGCCAAACGGUACGGAUGUAUAUCAUGGCGUACCCAAAGACUAUACCGGCGAUGAUGUCAAUGGAUACACAUUACUCGGUGUACUUCGUGGCGAUCCAUCUCUAACACGAAGGGGUAAAAAAGUUAUAAACAGCGGACCUAAUGAUCAUAUAUUUGUUUUUUAUGUGUCUCACGGUGUCGGAGAUAUAAUAUUAUUACCGGAAUAUAUAUACGGCGAAGAAUUGGUGACCACAUUGAAAGAUAUGCAUCAAAACAAACGGUACGCAAAACUAGUGUUUUAUUUGGAGGCAUGUUUUUCGGGUUCAAUGUUUCUCAAUAAAUUGCCCACAAAUAUCAAUGUAUACGCUGUGACCGCUGCUAAUAGUGUAGAGGAAGGACUUGAGUGUUAUUACGAUGAACAGCGAAAAAUUUGGCUGGCUGGAUGUUUUGCCUACCACUGGCUCCAUAAUAGUGAGCACUCGGAUAUAACCAAAUUAAGUUUCGAUGACCAAUAUAAGUACAUCUAUCAUCAGACCAUCACUCAAAUCAAUAUAACUGAUGGUAAGGUAGAGCAACAUCCGCAACAAUUUGGCGAUCUAUCCAUUGCUAAACUACCCGUUUCACAGUUUUUCGGAUCUAAAAAAUCUAUGGCUACGGAUAAUUUGAACGAACAAAUUGUCAACGAUUAUAACAAUUAA